AUGGUCAAAUCUACGCCGCAGUUUACCCAUCGCCGAAGACCUUUUCUUCCAGAAAUCAUAACCCACUGUAUCGCCGAAUUUAUCGGCGUGUUUCUCUACGUCCUCCCUGGUGAAGCGGCAACAGCUGGUUUUUUGUUGAGCUCUGCAAGUAAAACAGCCGGAUUGGGAGAUUUGUUGAAUAUUGGUAUUGCCUGCGGCAUUGUUCUUGCCAUCACUCUCACGCACGUGUCGGGCCCACAUUUGAGCCCUGGCGUUACUAUUGCGGUAACUGUUCUGAAGGGAUUUCCUCUGUGGAAAGUGAUCCCUUACAUCAUGUCUCAGAUGCUCGGUGCGAUUGCCGCAACAUUAUGUAUCUAUGGAGUCUAUGAUCAUUCUUUUCGCAAAGUUGAGCAAGGACUGGUGAUGCUCGGUAAAAAAAAUCUAGUGAUCUCGCCUUCUGGUCCAGGUGGAGUGGGAGCGAUCUUACCUGGCGAGUCGCAUGACCUCGGACAUACCAUACUUGGCUUGACCAUCUUUGGAGCUUUAGAUCGGAAUAAUCCGGUCUUGAGUCCAACCAGUAUCCCAUAUCUGAUCGGCAUGGCUUACUUGAUUGCUAUCAUCGGGUUCGCCCCCAACACCGUUGUCCUCAACACGGCACGAGGAUUGGGAGGACAAAUCGCCACCAGUAUGAUCUACGGUGCAGAAGUGUUUGAGAAUAAAAGUUUCAUAGUGAUGGCCACACUUACCAAUAUUCCAGCGACCUUGCUAGGAGGUCUUUUAUAUAAGUGUUUUCUCGAGAAUAAUGAUCCACCCACAGAAAUUAAAUCCACUAAUUACGACAACGCGCCAUCAACUCGACAUGCGUAA